GUGGCCUUGAGCUGGGCCUUAGCUCUCGCCGGCGCGGCCCCGAUGUCGUCACCGCCAGCGCCUGGGCUGGAGGGUAGAGGAGCCCUUCCCGUUGCCGGUGCCGGCCUUGUGUCUUGGAAUUACUUUGCUCAACAGGAGCGAGAACGCGAGCAGCGCCAUGAGCAACACUACCGUCGUCCCCAGUACUGCGGGCCCGGGCCCCAGCGGCGGGCCCGGUGGCGGCGGCGGUGGCGGCGGAGGCGGCGGCACCGAGGUAAUCCAGGUGACUAAUGUCUCCCCGAGCGCUAGCUCUGAGCAGAUGCGGACCCUCUUCGGUUUCCUAGGCAAGAUCGACGAACUGCGCCUGUUCCCGCCAGAUGAUUCACCUUUGCCAGUCUCUUCCCGUGUCUGCUUUGUUAAGUUCCAUGAUCCGGAUUCAGCAGUUGUGGCACAGCAUCUGACAAACACUGUAUUCGUUGACAGAGCUUUGAUAGUCGUACCAUAUGCAGAAGGAGUUAUUCCUGAUGAGACUAAGGCUUUGUCUCUGUUGGCACCAGCUAAUGCAGUGGCAGGUCUUCUGCCUGGUGGUGGACUCCUGCCUACCCCUAACCCACUUACCCAGAUUGGCGCUGUUCCACUGGCUGCUUUGGGAGCUCCUACUCUUGAUCCUGCCCUUGCUGCACUUGGGCUUCCUGGAGCAAACUUGAACUCGCAGUCUCUUGCUGCAGAUCAGUUGCUGAAGCUUAUGAGCACUGUUGAUCCCAAGUUGAAUCAUGUAGCUGCUGGUCUUGUUUCACCAAGUCUGAAAUCAGAUACCUCUAGUAAAGAAAUAGAGGAAGCCAUGAAGAGAGUACGAGAAGCACAGUCCCUAAUAUCUGCUGCUAUAGAACCAGAUAAGAAAGAAGAAAAACGAAGGCACUCAAGAUCAAGAUCGCGCUCUAGAAGGAGGAGGACUCCCUCAUCUUCUAGGCACAGGCGAUCAAGAAGCAGAUCAAGAAGGAGAUCACAUUCUAAGUCAAGAAGUAGGCGACGAUCCAAAAGUCCAAGACGGAGAAGAUCUCAUUCCAGAGAGAGAGGUAGAAGGUCAAGGAGCACAUCAAAAACCAGAGAAAAAAAGAAAGAAGAUAAAGAAAAGAAACGUUCCAAAACACCACCAAAAAGUUAUAGCACAGCCAGACGUUCCAGAAGUGCAAGCAGUUUGCACAUUUGUGUUUCUAGAGAGAGACGACGACGACGAAGUAGGAGUGGCACAAGAUCUCCUAAAAAGCCUAGGUCACCUAAAAGAAAAUUGUCUCGCUCACCAUCCCCUAGGAGACAUAAAAAGGAGAAGAAGAAAGAUAAAGACAAAGAAAGAAGAGAUGAAAGAGAACGUUCAACAAGCAAGAAGAAGAAAAGUAAAGAUAAGGAAAAGGAUCGGGAAAGAAAAUCAGAGAGUGAUAAAGAUGUGAAACAGGUUACACGGGAUUACGAUGAAGAGGAACAAGGGUAUGACAGCGAGAAAGAGAAAAAAGAGGAGAAGAAGCCAACAGAACCAAGUUCCCCUAAAACAAAAGAAUGUUCUGUGGAAAAGGGAACUGGUGAUUCACUAAGAGAAUCCAAAGUGAAUGGGGAUGAUCAUCAUGAAGAAGACAUGGAUAUGAGUGACUGAAUAUGGCCUCCAUGGGAAUCCAACUGUAUACAUGCAUCAGUGUCAUUCCUUUGUGUGAUUUCUUAAUGCUGUAUUUGUUCAUCUCAAACCUUGAUGUAUACAGCUCUGAGUUAUAAAUGGUUAUAAAGCUCCUGAUAUUGAUAUUAGUUAUUUACAUCCAAAAGCUUUUAGAAAAUGACACAUGAGUAACCAAUUCUUGACAUGGUGAAAUCCGAUUGAGUAUCCAAGCAGUUUUACUAUUCUGGUGCUGCUUCAUAACAAAAAUGAAAAGCUGCAUGCAUCUACAGCAGGCAUGGAUUGUUUAUGUUGUAUGAUCUCCUUUAUUAUAAGUAAGUUCACUUAUAGUAUUUCUAGAAUUUGAUUCAUUGCCGUAAUAGAGCCAUGUAGGGAAUGCACUGAUUGCAUGUUAUUGUGGCAGGAAUAUCCUAAAUGUCAUUAAAAUCCUCCAACAUGAUGGAUCUACUUAUGGUCUUGUUUGUUGACAUGACAAAUUAACAUUCUUACAGUUACACCUGAAAAUGAACAUUUGAAAUAGAUAAUCCUUUAAGCCUUGCGGCUAAAUUUUUGUGGCUUUUGUUUAACUUUGAAAGGUUAUAUAUGCACUAACCUUUUUUGAUGGCUGAUUAGGCUUUAAUUACAGAAGCAAGAUUUCAAAUGAAACUGUCUUUGGCAGUGAGUAAAUAGCAUAUUUUGAAGUAGAGUUGUAUACUUUUUCAUAAGGUGUUUGGGAAUUUUUUUUUUCCUGAAAUAAUUUAUUCCACGUCUACAUCAGUGAAAACUUCUGCCUAUCCUGAGUCCAUCUGUAAGAGAAAAGUUAUCUCUUGUCCUGAUUUUCAAUUUUCCACUCUUAUUAAUUUGUUUUAAUCUCAGUGUUGGAAAAAGAGGGUAGUGCAUUUUAAAUUGACCUUCAUAUGCUUUUAAAAUAAGACAAAUCUACUUGAUAAUGUACUUUUUAUUUGAUCUCAAGUUGUAUAAAACCAAUAAAUUUGUGUUACUGUUACUGCAGUAGUAAUCUUAUGCACACAGUGAUUCCAUGUUAAAUGCAAAGUAGUUAGGCAACUGUUUUCUUAGUUACAGGAGUUUCAAGCUUCACUUUUGUGCAGUAAAAACAAAAGUAGGCUACAGUCUGUGCCAUGUUGAUGUACAGUUUCUGAAAUUGUUUUACAAGACUUUGAUAAUAAAACCCUUAAACUCA